AUGACACUUAAUGGAGAGACGAGCGUAUUCGUCGCCUACAAGUCCAUGGCCGACACAAAGCUCACCGAUCAGCAGGUCGCCGACCUCGCGACCAUCCUCCGUAGCGACUCGACCCUCGACUCCAAGGUUCAGUACGUCACCGUCAUCAAGUCCGGCAUCAAGCAGCACAAUGUCCCCGAGGCGAGCGUCCCGCAGCUGUUUGACGGCUUGCGCACUGCCGCCACCUCGCAGCAUGCCGCCCUCAUGAACGCCGGAUUCACGGCGCUCAACCACCUCCUGACCCGCCUGUCCCGCCAGGACCCCAAGCUCUUGACCAAGGAGGCCGCUCGCACGCUGCCCCUGGUCAUCGAGAAGCUCGGGGACCAGAAGGACAAGUUUCGCUCUCUCGCAUCGCACUCCCUCGUUACUCUGUACACUGUCGCGCCCGCCGAUGUUGAGCGAUUUGUCCGGAAUACGGCCAUGGGAGGGAAGAGCGCCAGAGCCAAAGAGUCUGCCAUGAAUUGGCUAUUACAGAUGCACAAAGAACAGGGACUUCCCUUCCGGGCCUAUGUUCCCACGCUAAUGGAGCUACUCGAAGAUGCCGACGGUAUGGUUCGAGAUGCCGCAAAGAAUACUGUCAUUGAACUCUUCCGGUCCGCCCCGGGUGCCGCCAAGUCAGAUCUCAAGAGACAGCUCAAGAACUUCAAGGUGCGACCCGCCAUUGAGCAGGCCAUCGUCAAGGAACUUGCCCCGACGUCUGGGCGUCCCGAGACACCUUCUGAAGCCCCUCCGCCGCCUCGUCCAGUACUCUCCGCCAGCGUCUCGUCCAUCGCCGACCGUCCCAUCACCCCAGGCAUCGACACUAAGCCCGAGAGCCUCGACCCAUUGUAUGUCAACACGCACCGAGAACUCGACGACAUUUUUAAGGAAAUGGCGUGGUUUUUCGAUGGCAAGGAGUCGGAACAAAACUGGAUGAAGCGAGAGGAUUCCAUCACAAAGCUCCGAAGGCUGCUUGUGGGCAACGCGGCAUCUGACUUUCCCGAUAUCUACCUUGCUGGGAUUCGAAGCAUGUUGGACGGCAUCAUCAAGACGAUCGUCUCGCUGAGAACCAGUCUGUGCAAGGAGGGAUGCGGCCUUGUUCAGGAGGUUGCCAACACGUUUGGCCCGGCCAUGGAUCCCAUGGUUGAGCUGCUCAUGCAGACGUUUGUCAAGCUCUCCGCCGGAACCAAGAAGAUCAGCUCGCAACUCGCCAAUGUGACGGUGGAUACGAUCGUGAGCAGAGUCUCGUACACGCCUCGACUGAUGCAGCACAUCUGGAUGGCCUGUCAGGACAAGAACGUCGCGCCUAGGACAUACGUCACGGGCUGGCUCAAGACCAUCUUGAAGAAGGAGGCCCAGCACAAGAAUCACAUCGAGCACACUGGUGGUGUUGAUCUGAUCGAGAAGUGUAUCAAGAAGGGCCUGGCGGAUGCGAACCCGGCAGUGAGAGAGAAGAUGAGAUCGACAUUCUGGGCAUUCUGGGGGAUCUGGCCCGCGAGAGCAGAUGCUAUCAUGGCCGACCUGGACACGACUGCCCAGAAGCUCCUCAACAAGGACCCUAGCAACCCCAACUCGCCCAAGAAGACAGAGCCUGUGGCACGCCCAGGCCUUGGACUUUCCAAGAGCACAAUGGGCACCAGCAAACCUAGCCUCCGCGAGACAAUGAUGGCUCAGCGAAAGGCAAACCUUGCUGCCAAGAACCUCCCUGCUCGACCUGGCUCUGCCAUGGCUCACCUCUCACCCGUGAAGACAACGACCACAGCUACCAAGCCUUCAGCAACUCGAACCCGGCCAGAGGCUGGCGGCAUGUCAGGGGCUCCGAUGCGGCCAACGAGGAGAAGGCCGGAGCUGGCGGCUCGUCCUGCCACUGCUGGCCCUUACUCUGUUCGUGAUCACCCAUCUGUGGAACCUGGGAGUCCUGAGAGUGUGAGGUCCAAGACCACGACGCCAAGGCCCAGAGCGACCACUCCUAAGAGGACUGGACCUCGGCCGCGGCCCGGUCAUGCGCCUCACGCCAGCGAGUCCAGCUUGCCAUCUCCUACUUCUGCAAGGUCGCCAGCCAAGCCAGCCGCUUCGCCCCGUGUGAGCCCUACCAAGUUGAAGCAAUCGCAGUCUGCUAUGCUGCCCUCGAGCAGUCCCUCAAGGGCGAAUGAGGAUUUCACUCUCGUAGUCCCAACCAUGGCUGGCUUGCAACGGCAGGCAUCUGCACCACCUCCAGAGGCGCCUGAGGAGUUGAGCACACCAGUGACCGAGUCAAUGCCAGAGCCCGCAGUAGAGCCUGCUCCGGAACCUGCACCAGAGCCAGUGGCAGAGCCCGUGGUAGAACCCACUCCAGCUCCCGCUCCCGUUCUCGCAGAGCCCAUGCAGGUAGAGCCCGUGCCUGGAACUCCUGCCUCGACAUUGCAAGUGUACGAAGACCCCUUUACUGAUGAUCAGGCAACCCCCAAGCCGACCUUCAACCUUCCUGUGCUGGAGGACAAGCCCGUCAACGCCGAUGCGGCCAACCUGCCCAACGCCCAGGCUCCCGUGAUGCAAGACGUAGACUCUCCCGAGAGGACGAAGCAGAACUCGCGGCUGCUUGACAGCGGCAUCACCAGGAUCAAGGCCCGAACUCUUGAUGUCCACGGCUUCCGGAAGUUGCAGUCUCUCUUGCGAGACAGCAAGGGCAUCUUCACGGACGACAAGUUUGAGGCGCUUCUGAUUGGCCUGUUCCAGUAUCUUGAGGACCCCUUGCCCAAUGUCAACAUGGACAAGGCCCAGGAUAUCAAGGCCCAGAUCCUGGCCACCAUCAGGCUACUUCUCCGAAAGGAACGUGACAACUUCCAGCCUCACGUGUCCAGGGGCCUCGAGUCUCUUCUCGAGACUCGCAGCGCAUAUGACAUCCGUGCACACAUUGUCAGCGGCGUCGAGCUGCUGGCUGACGAGCUUGUCACCAUUGGUGACGGCUCUGAGAUUGUUGUUGUUCUGACCAAGCGUCUCCAAGCGUACGACGGCACUGCCCCCGAGGACAACCGUAUCCUCAGCACGGGUCUGCAUGUUCUACGAACCAUGCUUGACAAGAGAACUAACUUUGUGCCCACCGACACGGAGCUCGGCCAACUUGCUGCCCUUGCUGGUCGAUGCCUCGUCUCGGUCGACUCGGGCGUCCGCAUGGAUGCCGUUCAGCUCUGCGUGGCUCUGCACGCUCGUGUCGGCGAGGAGGCCUUCUGGCAUGCCCUCAAGGAUGUCCAGGACGAUCCGAAGAGCUUGAUCACGUACUACAUCGUCAAGAGACAGCGUGAGCAGGGUCCUUCUAUUGCUGCCUGA